AUGGCUGAAGAACAACCGCAGGUCGAAUUGUUCGUGAAGGCUGGCAGUGAUGGGGCCAAGAUUGGAAACUGCCCCUUCUCCCAGAGACUCUUCAUGGUGCUUUGGCUCAAGGGAGUCACCUUCAACGUCACCACUGUUGACACCAAGAGGCGGACUGAGACGGUACAGAAGCUAUGCCCAGGAGGGCAGCUCCCUUUCCUCCUGUAUGGCACCGAAGUGCACACAGACACCAACAAGAUUGAGGAAUUUCUGGAGGCUGUGCUGUGCCCUCCCAGGUACCCCAAGCUGGCAGCUCUGAACCCUGAAUCCAACACAGCUGGGCUGGACAUAUUUGCCAAAUUCUCUGCCUACAUUAAGAAUUCAAACCCAGCACUCAAUGACAACCUGGAGAAGGGGCUCCUGAAAGCCCUGAAAGUAUUAGACAAUUACCUGACAUCCCCCCUCCCAGAUGAAGUAGAUGAGACCAGUGCUGAGGAUGAGGGCAUCUCUCAGAGGAAAUUUCUGGAUGGCAAUGAGCUCACUCUGGCUGACUGCAACCUGUUGCCCAAGCUCCACAUAGUACAGGUGGUAUGUAAGAAGUACCGGGGAUUCUCCAUUCCGGAUGUGUUUCGUGGAGUGCAUCGAUACCUGCGCAAUGCCUAUGCUAGGGAAGAGUUUUCUUCCACCUGUCCAGAUGAUGAGGAAAUCGAGCUGGCCUAUGAGCAAGUGGCCAAGGCCCUCAAAUAA